AAAGCCUAUUCCGCAUACGGUACGCGUACCAUACCAUAGUCAUAGUCGUUAAGAACUGUCCUUUCUGAUGCGAGACGCCGAGCACUCGGCACACGUUUGAUUAUCAACACAAAUAAAAACAACAAUAUUGUAAAGUAGGCUCUCCUAAGAAAAGAAGAACAUUUUGAAGGAGAUUGUUUUUGUUGUUUUUGUUUAAUUUUGGAGUUUGAUAAGAUGAAAACAAAAGUGCAAGCUCAGCGUAAAUUUGCUCAGGGAGCGUUUGUGCCUCCUUCCCCUGUUUGCCCUGUUUGCCCUGAACCGCGCCGGGUGGGCAUUCCUCCUGAUAAGGGUCUCAAUGUAAUAAGCAACAAAACAUCAGCAAAAAAAAUUUUGGAUGCUAUUGCAUUUGCACAACCAGGAAUGCACAUGCACACGUUACGCGUUAGACUCGAAAGACUAUCGCCUUCCAGCUACGCUCUACCCAGCCCUGAUGAACCUACUAGUUCAUCGGCAUCUGAAGAAACAGCACGGCCUAAACGAAAGCGCAAAAAACCCGUUAAGCGUUUGAAAAACACGCCUCGAAUAGCUGAAUCCUCAAGAGUUUUGCGCUCAAUGCGACGUCAUUCCGCUUAUGAUGAAGAGGACACGCGACCCUUGGCAUCAUAUAAUGUAAAGGAAAAAAUAAUAAAAAAACCAUUAAAACGAGGCCGACCGCGAUCUGCGAAUAAAACGACAAAGCGUGCGCGCAAAAACCGAACUAAAAAUACGGGCGUACAUGCACCGCAGAAAGCUGUGAGAGCAAAGAAAAAGCUGUUCGAGGAAGAGGAUGAAAAUAGUUUACUUCGAGAGUUCUCUUCCGCUUUGGGCUCCCGCUUAGAAGCACCGGAAGCAUCUAUGGAUUCAGUGUGUCUUAAUAAAGAAUCUAGCACAUGUCGAUCUGGAGUGUCUGUAGACACUUCAGAUCGACCACUACAAACUACAUCUACAGAUCCUAAAUUUGAUACAAACACAACUGGACAAUCGAACCUUUUAACGGAAGUGCCAAAUUUUGAAGUCGACGUCGCUCAGUUUGACGAUGAGUUAGAUGAGCGACUUGUAUAUGACGACGCAGGUGAAUGCUCUUGCGAGGAAAUUGUUCCAGUUGUUAAUGAUGAUGAUUCUAUAGACCAACCAGCACCUUCAACAUCUUGGGCAGAGACACAAGAGACACACGAUUUUGAACAUACAACUCCAUCAACGUCAUCGUUAGGAUCAAAAAAGGAACCAAGUUCCAGUACCAGUUUUACGGAGGCUCCGGUCUAUACACCUACGCUAGAAGAAUUCUCUGAUCUUCUAGUAUAUUAUCAAACAAUAGCACCGGAGGCCUCUGCGUAUGGCUUGUGCAGAGUAGUCGCACCAAGUGAAUUUAAGCCGGAGUGCAAGAUAAAAAACUCAGACCGCUUGAAUGUAAAGAAUCAAUAUAUAUGCCGCUUCUUAAACCGCUUCGGAGACGGAACGCGUCAAUUGUGCGCCAUUCGCGCGCACCUUGCUACACAUGGCAUAGUUACAAGGUCGCCAAUAAUUUCUGGACUAGAGGUCAAUUUACCUAAGAUGUUCAGGAUUGUACAGAAUUAUGGAGGGUUCAAUGAGGUUACCCGCCGUAAAAAAUGGACAAGUGUGGCGGAGAACAUGAAUGUAAAGCUCAUAAAUCCAGAAACAAAAUUAGAUCGAAUUUAUCUAAAAUAUAUGCUACCAUACGACAUACUCAAUAAUGAGGAACGCGAAUCCCUCAAUGAGAAAAUAUCGGAACAAUGUUCAAAGAAAUACCAGAAACUUUUAAGGCGUGCUAAUAACCCUUUACACGUGAAGAAGGUGUAUACCGGAGAGUCUGAAUCAUCGUCUGAUGAAGAAGAGCCUGUGUCGAAUGAUGAAAUAUGUAUACAAAAAGAGCUCCGCGAUGUUGAGGAAUGCAUUAAGACCGGCCGCUUCACGUUUCUACCGCUUUUAAAAAAGAUUAACGUUGCCGCCUGGCAGAUGUUCUUUGAUGACGUCAUUCCUCACCCGAAGGACGUGGAACGUGUAUAUUGGAGGCUUGUUGAAGACUCCGUUGACCACAUUGCCGUGUACACGGCGACGGUCGAGAUGAAAUCCGGCAGAGACGUGGGAUUCACUAAAAUUAAAGGUGAACCAUGGGGCAAUCAUGGCUGGAACUUGAAAACCGUGUUCCACAACAAGGGAAACCUUCUGCGCUCGUUAGGUAGUGAAGCACUCAUAAACAACCCAGUACUGCACCUGGGAAUGUGUUUUUCCACGAACUGCUGGCACCGCGAUCCUCACGGGUUGCCAUGGGUGGAAUAUUUGCACCAAGGGUCUUCGAAAAUCUGGUACGGCAUACCCCAUAGCGAAAGUGAUAAAUUUCGCAAGGCUGCGGAAAAGCUAUGCCCCAGCUUUGUUCAAAAUAAAGGUAUCUGGAUGCCAUCAGAUAUAUUAAUGAUACCUCCAGAUUUGUUGUUGAAAGAGGGUAUAAAUUUGACGAAAACCAUCCAAAGACCUGGCGAGUACAUUUUUGUAUUCCCAAAAUCAUAUUCAUCAUCAAUAUGCACCGGAUUCACUAUGUCAGAAAGUGCAUAUUUUGCCGUGCAGUCGUGGGUUGGAUCGUUACCCCAAAUAAUUCAAGAGUUGCGCGAAAAUUGCGAGCCCAUGAUGUUUUCUCCGGAGCACCUUUUAAUCGCUCUUGUCACUGACAGGACCGUCCCCAAACCCAUACUGAAGCAGUUGUAUCCUACCUUCGUCAGCAUUAUCAAAGAAGAAAGUGCAUACCGGUUGAAACUGCUCGAUCUCGGAAUAGUGGAACAUCACAUUGGAAAACUGCACAUGUCAUGGACUAAAAGUCUAGGAGAUGAAUGCGACAUUUGUCGCCGUCCUCUCUUCCUAUCAAUGGUUAAAGGAAAAUUCCACAACAAAUCUCUGAAACAAAUAUGCCUCCAUGACGCAAAGGAACUACUAGAACGUAAUAACGAAAUUAACAUUGAAUAUAAUUUAAUUAUGGAGACGCUGAUCACCGAAUUAAAUAUGAGAAGGCUUCUCAAGCUAUAUCAGAGAUUGACUGCUGAUUAAUCGAUUACCGCUUAUUUCUACCCGCAUCUUCAACAUUAUCGUCUACGGUCCACUACAGAGCACGGGUCUCCUCCUACAAUAGAGACAUGCACCUAUUUUCAGUACGCUAAUACUUAUUGUAUACUGGCUUUUAUACAAUUAUUAAGUUUAUAUAAUAUUAAUUAAUACAUACCUCUAGAGCAAUUUUGUUCAAAAUGAAAUAUUUUUGAUAAAUAACGUAUUUAUUUGGAUAAUGUUUAUAAAAAUACAUUUUCAAAUAUCUUGAUGGGAAAAGAAAUUCCCAACGUGUCUCACUUAUUUAAUUGUUUGUUUAAAGAGGCAAACAUAACAAAUCAUUACACAUGAUUAUUGCGAGACGUAUAUGUUAUAAAAUUCUUAUAUGAAAAAUUUAAUGUUUUCUUGUAAACUAUCCAUUUUAAGUUCUAUAAAAAGAAUAAUCAGUAAUCGAAUAGCUACUCUAACGUCUAAUGAUUAUACAUUAGGUGCCCUCAUCCCUACGGUGAGCUGAUAAAAUUAUCAUCCUUAAUAAAAAAAACAGAUCUAAGCAUAGAUAGUUCCCUAAACUCCUCCAAUGGACAAUAUUUUUAGAGGGUACUAUCAUAAUUAUUUAUAGAUUGUAUACAGAUAUUUAAUAGAUUCUAUACAGAUAUUUAAUAGAUUGUACUUCAAAUAGCCUAUCUCAAUGUGUGUGAAUCUACUUCUAGGAUUAAGAAAUUUAAUGUUACUUAUUGCAUUUAUGAACUUUGAAUUAGUGUGAUUUAUAAUUAAUAAGUAAUGCGAGAUUUAAGUAAUUUAACGUUUAAAUAAGGAUAAUUAAGAUACGGUGAUAGUUCACUGAUAAGAUGAGGACUUCGGCUUCACUUUCAGGGAGUUGAGUUCGAAUCCCAGCAUGCUCUAACUGUUCGAGUUAUGUGCGCUUUAAGCGAUCACUUGCUUCAAAG